UCAAAGGUCGCUUUGAGUGAGAAUGGUCGUCAAGACAGUGGUGAUAGCAUGUCGGCAAUAGAGCGGGUGCUGGAAUGCUUCGAUUUCCUCGAUGAAUGCGAUGGAUCGGGCGAUGAGGCGGGAGAUAGGAAAUCCGUUCGCAGUGACAUUGAUAACAAAGCGAAAACCGGAACAAUAACUGGAACGGAUGAAUUGGAUACUGCGCUCAGCGUUCACCUUCAGCUGAUCCACACCCUUAUCGAGGAAAUUGGAAGAUUCGGACCAAUGAAGGAGACCGAGAAGCUAGCAGUGUUGGAUCUCAAUCGACAGGGUUCCGCUCUCAGAGUUUUGCUUGGAUUGAUAAAAUCUGAUGGAAAACCACCUCAAAAGCACGAAAUAUUUGAUGACGAUGCUGGUGCAGCGUGGAAAAGCUUAACAGCGUCAAAGAGCAAGCAUUUUUCAAUUUUGUCAACUGGAGCCGCUGUGAAAGCCGGGCUUAGACCGAAGGUUCUAGAAUUCUGGCGUGGAAAAGAAGCGCGGCUUGAUAAAUUUCUGAAUUUCGUCGUACGGAAGAUGACUGGUCCUGGGCUGGAUUUGGAAAAAUUGCCUGUGACAGCCUUCCAGUUCAGAGACUUCUUCUCUGGCAAACGCGUUUGCGAUUCGUUGCUAGACCUCGCCAGAGAAUACGAUCUGACGAGAGACAUUUCCGAACUGCUGGACUCGGAUGAUGACUCUCGUGACCCGAAAUCCCAGUUUAAGCGCAAGGAACGACGCCGCAAAGAGGCGCUGGCCAGCAUGUCGUCGAUGAAAUCUGCUCCACCCACCGGAGCUGUCCUUGCAACUAGUCACUUGCUGUGUUCCAGGGCAUCCUCAUCUGCUCGCGAUGCUGCCCGUCGCUACUUCGCAUCUCUCGUCACGCACCAAGCUCGCUUAGAAGCGUUUCGCCAUGUUGAAAAGAUUCUGCUUGAGGCGCUGGAAAGCAAGAAUAGUCAUGAUCGCGAGGGUAGUUGCAGAGCUUUGACAAUCAUCGGACCCGGAAGCAUUGCAAUUGGUCCGCUCGCCNAUUAUCAUGUGUCGCAGGUUGAAAAGAUUCUGCUUGAGGCGCUGGAAAGCAAGAAUAGUCAUGAUCGCGAGGGUAGUUGCAGAGCUUUGACAAUCAUCGGACCCGGAAGCAUUGCAAUUGGUCCGCUCGCCUUUUUGGCCCAUUCGGAUCCAUCCGACGCAGUCAGACGUGCCAGCAAAGAAGCAUUGGUGCAAAUGGGAGGCGACGGACAAGCGGCUUUGGCGCAAGCAGUGUGGACUCUCUCGAUCUCAAUCUCCUAUGGCAAGCACAUGCCAAUUAUUGGACUAGGAACGUGGCAGGGAAAAGCUGAUGAGCUCCAGAACGCUCUUGACGCUGCUUUGGAAAUGGGCUAUCGCCACAUCGACACGGCAUAUUUGUACCAAAACGAAGACGCAAUUGGACAAACGUUGAAGAAAUGGAUUUCGUCCGGGAAAAUAAAGCGCGAGGAACUUUUCAUCGUUACGAAGUUGCCAAUGAUCGGGAUGACACGAGACGGACCCGCGCAUUUCUUGGAAACCUCCUUGAAGGCAUUGCAGCUGGAUUACGUCGAUUUAUAUCUCGUCCACUCACCAAUCGGAUUGAAUAAUCGCGGAGACGAAAAUUUGUUCCCCACGACGAGCGAUGGAAAAGUCGACAUAGACAAGAACUCCGACAUUCUCGCUGUUUGGAAGGGCAUGGAAGAGCAGGUUGAUAACGGAAAAGCUCUGUCAAUUGGCGUGAGCAACUUCAACGAAGAACAAAUUCAGAGAGUUUGGGAUAUUGCAAGAAUUAAGCCGGCGAAUCUUCAGGUCGAAAUACAUGCGUAUUUCCAGCAAAAGCCAUUGAGGGAUUUCUGUGCAUCGAAAGGAAUCACUGUGGUUGCUUAUGGACCCCUUGGAUCCCCCGGAAGGGUCGAUUUUUACAAGAAAAUCGGUCGUCCUUCGCUGGUUGAAAUUCCUGCUCUACUGGACAACGAAACCGUGAAGAAAAUUGCGAAGAGGCACAGGGUGACUCCCGGACAAGUUUUGCUGCGUCAUCUGGCCCAGGAAAAUGUCGCUGUGAUUCCGAAGUCAACGAACUCGACGAGGGUUCAGCUGAAUUUCCAAAUAUUCAACUUCUGUUUGACGCCGGAUGAGAUCCGCGAAUUGGACGAACUUGAUACUGGUCCAGCUGGACGCUCAUUCACCUUUUCGGCAUUUCCAGGAAUCACCGAGCAUCCGGAAUAUUCUCUUAAGCCGGGCAAAUGAGGAUCGUCAGGGCUUUUUUUUUUCAGAAAGAGAAGAUUUUCUGCUGUAUCAACCAUCAUUCACCGGCGUCAUCAGACAUUUUCGGGGAACGUACAAUUCCAAUCAUUGCGUGAUAAUAGAUGUCCGAAAUAAAAAUUCAUCAGGCAAGAACUUCAGUCUGUUGAAUCAAAAAUUUGUGGUAGGCAUGUUUUGCGCAGUUGCUAAAUAAAAGCAGCCAUCGGUUUUGAUGUAAUAAACAGUAUUUUACGGAUACAGAUUGAUAAACUUUGGAUUUAUUAUUAGGUUUUCACGCUGAGCGCAUUCCAUUCUCAUGAUUGAUGCAUGCGGUUGUUCUUUUAAUCCUUCCAAAAUAAUGUGUUGCCAACUUCCUAUGUUGAUGUAAAAUUUAUUCUGGACCAAAAAUUCGGAAGCCUAUUUUAUCACUCGGUGAACUAUGAUAUUUUAAAAAUUUAAAUGCUUAUAAUCAGAGAAUAUGAUGAAAAAUUUGACACUUUCCCGCUUGUUCUGCUGUAUGAAAUACAGCACAGUAUUUUCC